UUAUCAAAACAUGUCGGGCUCUACAGUGAAGCAGCACAUUUUUCAUUUUAUUUUUUCUAGUUUAUUGUAUUAAAUUUGCCCCGAUUUGGUUGGUAAAUGUUCCCAUUUUCCACCUAGUGAUUACCCCGACCAAGCUCAACCGGACACCAGCCGAAAAUUCAAGCCGUUUUAGAAAAAUUUGAAGCGCCAAAAAAAUAAAAAGGAUCCAACGGCAUAAUUGCACGAACGGGUGUCUCUUGAAAUAUCGAAUCCGGCAGUCACAGUGAAAUAAAAGCGAAAGUGUUUUAAUGUGAGUGAGAUACAGUUGAAUAGUACCAAAAUGACCAAAAAUAGCAAUCACCAAGUAACAACCCAUUCCAAGGACCAGCAACAAAACAGCACAAAACACCAUCACAAUCAUCAUAGUCACAAACAGCAGCACAAUCAAUCUUCCUCACAAAUGCCUUCAGCUGCGGCAAAAGCAGCCGCUCACAAGCCCACUUUGUACAUCUCGAUUACGUCCCUGGCACUGCUGAGUCGGUUGCUGGUGAUAGUCAUACAAAUCAUAUCAAACCAUUUGAUCCCUGAUCAUGAAGCGGGAGUGUUUGUUGCUCCCCGCGAUCCUGAGGCACCUCCAGGAAAGUUGGAUGGAUUAGUGGAUGCCCUACUAGGAGGAUUACACCGCUGGGAUUCUCAAUACAUGCUGCAUAUCUCCGAGCAUGGCUAUUCGUACGAGAAUACGUUGGCAUUCUUCCCGCUGUUUCCAUUCAUCAUCAAAAUCGUCACUAGUGUCCUAGGAGGAAGCUCAUCGUUGAUAUCAUAUCGAGAGCUUUCACUAGUGCUGGCCGUACUAUUGAACGUGGUGUGUUUCGUACUGGCAGCGAAAGCCCUUUACAAACUAAGCAAUAUGGUGUUGGGCAAUAAGAAAAAGAGCGAACUAGCCGUAAUAUUGUUCUGCUUCAAUCCGUCGUCGAUCUUCUUCACUGCUCCGUACACGGAAAGCCUAUUCUCGUGGCUGUCGUUCACCGUGAUGGUACAAUGCAUCGACGACAUCAAUUCUAUAUUGAUAACUGUCCCGUUGAGUUUGAGCAUUCUGUGCCGAUCAAAUGGAAUGCUCAAUAUCGGGUUUUUGCUGUUUUUCUACAUACGUCGAAUCCUGUCGCAAAACUCCUUCCACAAUAUUAUCUGUAUUGGAUCGAAGCUAUUUUCGAUUCUGAUUAUCAUCAUCUUCCACUACGGCAUAGCGCAAGUCUACAGCUACUACCUGUUUUGCUUCGAGCAGAAAUUUAGUUUCCCACCGCACGUAAAAGCGUAUGCAGUCACGAAAAAUCUGGUGCUGGCUGGCAACAAAACAAGUGAAUCGUCGCCCUGGUGCUCAAACUAUUUGCCUUUAUCUUAUUCUUACGUACAAAGCCACUAUUGGAAUGUAGGAUUUAUGAAGUACUACGAGUUGAAACAGUUACCGAACUUUCUAAUUGCCUUACCAGCCAUCUAUCUAAUAGUCAGCAACUCGUGCAAAUAUAUCCACGAUAACUGGGAUUUUUGCGCCCGUUUGGGCCUUUUCCGAGUUAGCAAAAAGCAGGUGAAAUGCAUGCGAAAUUACGACCGGUUGGCGUUUGUGUUUAUCGUUCAUGCACUGUUUCUGGCACUGUUCAGUGUUCUCUUCGUGCAUGUCCAGGUCACAACACGAAUGCUGGCCUCCGCGAGUCCAGUGUUGUAUUGGUUCGCUGCCGAAUAUUUCACCGGCGAUAAAGCGUUCAUCCGGCGGCAAGUGAUCAGAAAACUCUCCAAACAGGUCGAGGAUGGAACCGAACCAUGCACUCACGUGGAGAACUCCGUUGAGCUGAGUGAAAUUUUAGACUUAAGAACGAUGAAUUUAAAACAAUUAGUCAUUUUACUGUACUUCGUAGGUUAUGCCGUUAUUGGCACAAUUCUCUUCAGUAACUUUCUGCCCUGGACUUAGGCAUCUGUAGAAAACCGUUAGAAACGGUAGGCGAAUGCGUAGGUACACUAAUAUACAUGUACAACGGCAGUAGUUAGCAGUUGACUUAACUUUACAAAAUACGGCAUAAUACAUAGUUAAAAUCAAAUAGAGGAGCGAAAUUUAACUAUACACUAUUUAUGAUCAACUAGCGAACGUUGAAAUAUCAAUUACAAUCAAAAACUUACUCAUUGAAGCAGCAGCAUAGCUCUAGACAGCAACAUUCGAGUUUAACGAUUGUAGGGCUAAAACAUAUUGAACCAAAUUAUAUAGCAUUCAACAGAGGCGUGCAGUAGUUUAAAACAUCUAUUUAUUGAAAGUUAGUGAUAGGAUUAGUAGCAGACGUUUUCUCUUCUUAUUACGAUUUUUAAAAUCAACAGUUAGUACGUUAAAUAACGUACUUUUCAUCAUGUUAAUAUAGGAUUUAGCUACUCAAACAUUUUUCCUCACUUCGAUUCGGUGUCGUGCAGUAAAAUCACUCAUUCAUUCGACCAUUAUUCUUCUUCUUCUUCAUUGUAGGGAUUUUGCGCUUUAGAGUUUCAUCAAAAUAACAAACAAAACCAUAGUGAACUUUAUAGUAGGAAGAAACGAAAUGCUCAAAAACAUUUUAAAAUCGUAGAAACGUUAACAAGCAGGUCGAGUUUUAGUCCAGUUUUAUUACACGGAACUGUCUACAACACACACAUCUCUUUGCCUUAUAAUAAAAUAACAUUGAAACAAAUACUAACAUACAAUAUCUAUCGAGACCAUAUGUAGCACCCCACCCGGUGGAUAUUCUUUAUCGUGAAUUAAUUCGUUCAUUCUUGAUUGUUAUUAUUCACUGUUCGUUAACGCCAACCUGUCCAGAUAUGAGAAAUUGACUAUAAAAGUAUUAAGUUUGACAGAAACUUGUUAAUCUUUAACCCAUUUCUAGUCUUCUUAUUGCAAUAAGUAGCCUGGCGUUACAGUUUUAACUUCCUCUUUGGACCAAAAAUUAGCGAUUAUUCGGUUGA